AUGUUGUCUGGUCCCUCGCUCGCUUUUCUGGCGUCAACGGCGCAACUUGUUUCGGCCGCCACUUUCACUGUGCCCAGUAAAGUGAACACCGGCGGCCUCUCUUAUGCGCCUCUCGAAGCAGCACCCGUCGGAAUCUCAUUCGAGUUCUUUGCCUUCCCCUCGUACUUCCAGAACGUCACCGCAACAAACCAAUGUCUGACCAACCUCAAGACGCUGAGCGGUGCUUGGCCACCUAUCCGGAUCGGCGGGACAACCCAGGACCGAGCCUCCUAUGAUGCCUCUUCGUCAGCGUAUGUUGUGUACACUGUUGCGAGCCCAAACGAUGCGCCCGCAACUCUGACCUUCGGGCCGAACUUCAUGAAGCUGGCUGCGACAUACGGUGGCGACGUGACUCUGGGACUGAACAGAGGCAAGAACAACAUCGACAACACCAUUGCAGCAGCCAAGGUCGCCGUCGCAGAGAUGAAAAAUCUCUAUGCGAUUGAACUCGGAAAUGAGCCUGAGUAUUGGUCGGGAGUCCAGCCGAUUGCUUCUGGCACGUGGAACCCUGCCGUGGAUGCCGCGUCGCAGAAUAAUUGGGAUAUCAUCGUCGGAAAUGCCAUUGGCAAGAAGAAUAUCAUCCAAGCCGGAAACUCAAACUCCCUUCCUCCCACGUGGGGGGCCGAAGAGUUGAUUGCCAGCGGAAAUGCCACGGUGAGGGAGUAUGUGAAGACGUAUGCCCACCACAACUACCCCGGCGGCACCGUAUCCAGCUUGAUGUCUCACGCGAACAUUGCAACCAAUAUCCACUUAUUCGAUCGCGAUAUCGCCAGUGCCUUGGCGGUGAACAAGCCGUAUGUCUUUGGAGAGACCAACUCAGUCGCUGGAGGAGGUGCGGCAAACGUGUCCCCGACGUUUGGGGCUGCCUUGUGGGUGAUGGACUAUGCGGUGCGCCUAGCCACGUCAAACGUCUCCCGCGUAUACUUCCAUCACGGAACCAUUGGCAAUAACCCCUACAGCUUCUUUGGAAGAUACUCCAUGGGCAACCCCUAUGUCGGCGCAUACACGGCAACAGCUUUUCUGGCUGGGGCUAAGCACGUCGCCGCCUUGGAUGAUGGCAAGUCUGCCUUUGCAGCGUAUGCCACCUAUGACGCCGCGGGAGCCCCACUUCGAGUUCUUCUGUACAAUUCCAACUAUUACAGCGGUUCCGGCACGCGAGCUGUCGAGUCUUUCGUUCUCAGCGGGCUGUCAGCGACGAGUGUCCGGUCCAAGCGGGUUACUGCGGCCAGCGCCGAAGCAAGACAAGAUCGAGGCGGGAACGCGUUGAUCGGCGGCCAAUACUUCAACAACGGCACUUGCAUUACCGGCGGCACGGAGACAUUCGAGACAGCGGCGGUCUCGGGGGGUAAAGUCACCCUUAGCGUUGGGACCAGCGAGGCUCUCUUGGUGUAUCUCCAGUAA